AUGGCCCCUCCUAAUGUGCUGAUGGUCGGUACCGGCGAGUAUACCACUGGUUUCGUCGGCACUGGCGCCUCUGCCUCAGACAAGAAGGUCGGUGUCGUCGGUCUCACCCUCUUUGACUUGCGCAGGCGCGGCAAGGUGGGCAACCUGAGCAUGGCCGGUGUCAACGGCACAAAGUUCCCCGCGAUCCGCGAGCAUCUCAAUAAGAACAUCACACAGGCCUACAACGGCCUCGACACAUCCUUCGACUCCUUCCCGGACAACCAAAGCCAAGACCCAGACGCCUACAAGGCCGCCAUCGACAAGCUCCAGCCCGGCGACGCCAUCACCGUCUUCACACCCGACCCAAGCCACUACCCCAUCGCCCUCUACGCCAUUGAGCGCGGCAUCCACGUGCUCCUGACCAAGCCUGCCGUCAAGGAGCUCGAGCACCACCAGAUCCUGAUGCAAAAGGCCCGCGAGAAGGGCGUCCACGUUUUUGUCGAGCACCACAAGCGCUUCGACCCCGCCUACUCAGACGCCCGCUUCAGGGCCAAGAAGCUGGGCGACUUCAACUACUUCUACUCCUACAUGUCGCAGCCCAAGUACCAGCUCGAGACCUUCAAGGCGUGGGCUGGCAGGGAGUCGGACAUUUCAUACUACCUCAACAGCCACCAUGUCGAUAUUUGUGACUCCAUGGUGUCGGACCGUGGCUACGUUCCCGUCAAGGUGUCCGGUUCGUCCUCCAAGGGCGUCGCCGUCGAACUGGGCUGCGUGGACGAGACAGAGGACACCAUCUCGCUGCUCGUCACAUGGGCCAAGAAGGACGCGCCCACCAAGCGCGCCGUCGGCGUAUACACGGCCUCCUGGACCGCCCCCCAGCGCGCCGGCGUCCACACCAACCAGUACUUCCACUACCUGGCCGCCGACGGUGACAUCCGCGUCGACCAGGCCCACCGCGGCUAUGAGGUGGCCGACGACAGUGCCGGCCAGAUCCAGUGGGUCAACCCCUUCUACAUGCGCUACGCCCCCGACGAGGACGGCAACUUCCAGGGCCACACCGGCUACGGGUACGUGUCGAUUGAAAAGUUCAUUGACGGCUGCACCGCCAUCAAUGCGAAGAAGGCAAGUCUGGACGACCUGGACAACAAGGGCCUGCCCACGCUCAAGAACACGAUUGCCACGACGGCCAUUCUCGAGGCGGGGAGGAGGAGUAUUGACGAGGGACGUGAGGUGGAGAUUGUCAUCGAAGGUGAAUCUUGGAAGCUGAAGUAA